CAGACCGGAAGUAGUUCUAUUCUGCUUCUAAUUUAAUAUCAUAGCAAAGAGUAGUCAAAGUUAUGUAUUUGGGGAUUUUUAAUUUUGUGGUACACAGGAAUUGUCUUCAAAUAAACUGUUCGGUAGACUUCACGACGAGUCAUGCUUAAGGAUCAAGAUGGCUGCUCUCUUCAGACGAGUGGACAUGCCUGGCAUGGGUUCGUUGAGUAGAGAUUCUGUGGUGGGCAGCACCAUGGGCAUAACCCGACUGGUCAGUGAUUUGUGUGAAAUUCAUCUAGCAGGCCUGCCCAGGACAGGAGCCUUGAGAGAGGUGUGGAAACGACGGCUAAAACAGAAAGCCUAUGGGAUCUUGCUUUCCCGAAUUUUCCAGGAUAUGCGGACAUCCAAGACUGCUUCAGUUGGUUCUGGAGUGUCCACAACUCCAGGGAAGAACAAGGUACUGAUGCUGUCGUUUAAUCUGCGCGUGUGUGGUAGGGAGGAGGAUGCUCAGCGUUUGGAAGAAUUACUGGCAAUGCUGGAUGGACCUGGCAUGCUGCAGGAAACUGGUGCAGUCUUGGACCUGCUGGUGGACUUAGCAGGCUCAGUGCCCCCUUCACCCCAACUCUUCUCUCGAGAUUUCUUUCGCCGUACUCGCAAGGUUAUUCGGCAGCAGGAGUUGACAGGUUAUGAAGAUCCAGAGCUGCGGCAGCUAGAGGCCCGAGCUCGGGCGAUGGUGUGUGGUGAAGAAUGGACAGCUAUUGACAGUGUGCAUAGAACAAUGACUGUUAUGGAUGCGCCUCCAGGAACGGGGCUGAGCACCCUUCGGAUGCAAGGGAGAGGACCUUUUGAAGGAGAAGAGAGAUUUGAGCGGGAAACUCGCCUUUCUCUGUUUGGAGCCCUGGUUCACUCACGUACCUCAGACCUGGACAUUCGCUUGGACCUGCCUCCAGUUCCCAGUAACGCAGAGCUGACUGGACUGGCAAUUCGGGUUCCUCCAAGUGUUGACCAGUCAGAAGAUGAAGGGUUCCAGUCUGCCUCGAAUUUGACACCAGACUCCCAGUCAGAGCCCAGUCUGACACCUGACCUUGACAUCUGGGAAGCAGUACUCAAUUAUGAACCCAGUCAGAGGCGCUGUUGGGAGCGUAUUGGCUGUCCCCCUGGCAAAAAGGAAGAUCCGUAUGUGACUGAAGCUGGUAGAGCGGCCUUUGACCGACUUCACCAGAUCAGGGAGGCAGAGAUCCGCCUGCUGAGUGGCUCGCUGUCUCUUUCUCUUGCUCAACCUGGUCCACAGAGUGAAGCAGACCUUGUCAAGGAUGCUCUCAAUGUUCUAAUUGGUGUGGCAUCAGCAACUUUCUCUUUGAACCAGACUGCAACUGGUUUCCAGGUGAAACAUGGAAUCUUUAUCUCUGGCACCUCUACAGAGAGUGUGACUAGUCUGCUGGAAGAGUUGGCAGAGUGUGGUACCCACUACCUCAGGCUAAGUCGCUUUUCACUCCAGCCAGUCUUCAGUUCAAGCGCACAAAAGGGCCUCAUUUUUCAGGCUUUCACAGCAGGAGUACGUCGUUAUCUGCACUAUUACCGGGCCUGUGUCCUCUCCACACCACACACCCUCAGCCUGCUUAAUAUCGCUUUUCUUUUCAAGAAGCUUGGACGGCAGCUCAGGUACCUGUCAGAGCUAUGUUGGUGUGGUGGCACUGCAGGGGCACUUGGGCUCAGCAGGGUGGGCACUGGCUCCUUCCCCACUGGAGUGAAGCUGCUCUCCUAUUUAUACCAGGAAGCUCAGAGUAAUUGCAGCAAUGAAAAUUACCCUGUCCUACUGUCACUGCUUCGUAGCAGCUGUGAACCCUAUACUAGCAGGUUCAUCUAUGAUUGGGUGUACAGUGGGGUAUUUCGGGAUGUCAAUGGUGAAUUUAUGAUCCAGGUUGAUGAGGACUAUCUAGGCUGCAGAGACCGGCACUUUUGGACCCAUGGUUAUGUGUUGAUCUCAAGGGAUGUGGAAGAGUGUGUUCCAGUCUUCCUACAGCACAUAGCCAAUGAUAUAUAUAUGUGUGGCAAGACAGUCAAUCUUCUCAAAGUCUGCUCACCUAUGCAUUACAUCUGCUCAUCUGAGCUGUCAGUGCCCCGCAUAGCCGUCACCUUCUCCCUGCAAGAGCUAGAGGAAAUCGAAAGGGACUGCGAAAUCUACAGAGGCCGCAUGGAAAGGAUUGCACGGCACAGUGCCAUCAGCAGGGAGGCAAAGGCCCUACGGACAGAAAUUGCUAGGCAGGAGUUGAUAAUUCAAGUACAGGAGACUGCUGCAAAGACCCUGGAGACCAUCCAAGGACGACAGCUCUCUCAGAAGUUGGCUAAGGAGGCUAAGAAGCGUGAGCUUUUUCAAGAGCUGAAACAACAAAUGGAGAAGGAGCAACAGCGGCGGUUAGCAGCACAACAACAAGAGGAUGAAAAUGAUUUUGGCUUUGCUCGUGAGUUUCGGGAUCGAGAGAAGAGAUUACAGGUCCUGGAGCAGCAACUAGAGAACAAAGCCAGGAUGGAGCUGAUUGAACACUACAGUCGUCUUACAGAGGAGGCUGCUGCCCGAGAGCAGAGAGCCUUGUGGAAGGUCAGGAGACACCGGCUAGAAGCAGCUAGAGUCAGCUUUUUAGAAAAUGAUGCAAAGGAGAUACAGGCCCAACUUGAGAAGUUUCUUUUGGAUAGGUAUGUGAAACAAGAAGACCCUCAAGAUGCAACAGAGCAAGGGAUAAAGGAUACAGCAUGUCCAAUUCUGGAUCCUCCACAUCAAUACAGUGCCCCAUUUCUUCCUAAAAUGAAUGUGGCACUGAGUCACACUCCAUCUUCUGAAGACAGACGCAGUUCAGUAGAUACAGUGGAUAUGCAGGACUUUCUGCCUAAAUUCUCCAAUAUAAGUUCCAAGGUGGAUGCUGCUCUGGCAGAUAUUGGUUCUGAAUUGUGUGAAGGGGAUGUGAUUCCACAGGUGAACUAUGAUCUUCAUAUCCCUUGUACACAAGUCUCACCAACAGCAAAGCUGUCAGAAACCAUGAUUAAGCAGGACACUGGAGAUGUUGUUCAGUGUGAAACUGCUAUGCAGUCAACAGCAUUGCCGAUAGAUUCAGUUAAUCUAAAAGCUCAUGAUGACAACAGCAAAGUGGGGGAAAAUGUGUCCGAUGUUUGUAUAUCCUUACCUUGUUCAAAAGCUCAUGGCCAUUCCUCUGAUGCUAACAUCAAAAUUGGGGUAAAUAUGUCAGAAGUUCCUCAAGUCAGACCACGUUGGAAUAUCCAUGGUCAUGCUUCAGAUGCAAACAUCAAGGUUGGAGAAAAUGUGGCAAAUGUUGCUGCUUCCCAGCCUCGGUGGAAUAUUCAUGGUCACAUUUCAGAUGCCAACAUCAAGGUGGGAGAGAACGUAUCCGAUGUUGCUCAAGCCAGACCACGCUGGAAUGUUCAUGGUCAUGCUUCAGACUCCAGCAUUAAGGUUGGAGAGAAUGUGUCAGAUGUUGUUCAAGCCAGGCCUCGUUGGAAUAUCCAUGGUCACGCUUCAGAUGCCAACAUUAAAGUGGGAGAGAAUAUGUCAGAUGUUCCCCAAACCACACCUCGCUGGAACAUCCAUGGCCAUGCUUCAGAUGCCAAUAUCAAGGUGGGAGAAAAUGUUUCAGAUGUUCCUGUGCCUCACCCACGCUUGAAUGUUCAUGGCCACCCUUCAGAUGCCAAGAUCAAAUUGGGAGAGAGUACUUCAGAUAUUUCUCAAGACAAACCCUCUAAUGACACAAAGAGUAAAAUUGAGGAAAGGAUUGAAGAACCAGACCAACUACACCAGAGCAUCCAAGAACACGCAUCUACUUCCAGCAUGAAUACUGGUCUUCAGGCUGAGUCAGAGGAAGGGCACGAAUUGUCCAGAAUUUCACAUAAGCAGAAAGAAGAGGCCACAGAAAUACUCAAAAAGCUUGCACAGGAAGAGAAGAUCACCUUGGGCAAAUCUGCAGGAAGUGGACCUCAAUGGCAAAGUGAGCAGGUGUACCUGGACACAAUGGCAGCACGCUAUGAGGUGGAUAGAUAUCAGGACAGUUACUACAUGAUGGAUCAAUUGCCUGACUCCACCCUCCUACAGCAGGUCACUGCAGCCCGCUAUGCCCUCCCCCUGGACCCUGCUCUCCGCAGAGCCACCGAUGCCACAGCAGUGCAACUCAGUGAGCUGGUUUCUUUGCCUGUACUGAUGAAGCAUUCAGUCACAUCACCACUUGUCACACAUGUGUCCUUGGUGAAUAAGGCUGUUGUUGACUACUACUUUGUGGAACUAAGUGUUGAGAGCCACUGUGAGGCACUACGUCACUUCUUGCUAAUGGAGGAUGGAGAGUUUGCCCAGUCACUCAGUGAUCAGCUGUUUGAGAAGUUGGGUACUGGACAGACUCCUGGUCAACUACUGACUCCUCUAGUGUUGAACUCCAUCCUCAACAAGGCACUGCAGUACAGCUUACAUGGUCACUCACAAGUGGCUUCCAAGCUGACCUUUGCUCUGCGUUUCAUGCCUGAUGCCUUUCACCCCCAUGCUCCUGAUGUGCUGGCCUGUUUGGAGCUUCAGUACAAGGUGGACUGGCCUCUGAAUGUGGUCAUCACAGAGAGUUGCAUGAACAAGUAUAACCGCAUCUUCUCCUUCCUUUUACAACUCAAGCAUAUGGUGUGGACACUGCAUGAUGUCUGGCUGCACCUCCGUAGGGCAGCACUUGUGAAGGGAGCAGGCGGUUCAGCCCAGUUCCGGCAGCUACAACUCUACCGUCAUGAGAUGCAACACUUUGUUAAGGUCAUUCAGGGCUACAUUGCUAACCAGAUUCUUCAGGUCAGUUGGAGUGAGUUCCACCAGAGGCUGGCCAGUGUGGGAAACUUGGAAGAUUUAUAUCGUGCACAUGCUGACUACCUCAAUAAGGCUGUCUUCAGAGGCCUCCUCACUGAGAAGGCCACCCCAGUAAUGAACAUCAUCUACAGCAUCUUCAGCCUGAUCCUCAAGUUUCGUGCUCAGCUUAUCUCCCAAGCUUGGCAGUGCCAGCAGGGUGUGGCAGAGCACCCAAAUUUUGGAGCCAUGCAUCAGUCUUACCGCACAUUUAAGCACUACUCGCACUUCCUCUUCAAAGUUGUGACCAAGCUUGUGAAUCGGGGUUACCAACCACACUUGGAGGACUUCCUGCUCCGGAUCAACUUCAACAGCUACUAUCGAGAUUCAUGAUGGAUGUAUAUAUAUAUAUAGCCUUGAGUCUGCCUACUUGGCAGUGUAAACAUAUGUAAAUAAAGCGAUGAACUAA